UACUCGCAAUUAAGUCUGACGUCGUCACAAGACGAGGGUACGCGAACAACAGCGGGGCCUGUCUCAACGUAUUUUUCUUCGUAUUCCCGACCUUGCCAUUGCCAACUUUUCAUCAUCAACAAUAAAUUCAGAAAAUAGGAAUAAUCAUUCACGCGCGACAAAAACGAUGGAGUCGGAGGGACAUUUAAAGAGGAAAGACACCACCAAGGGUCCUCCGUUGAGGAUAUUGAGCUUAGAUGGCGGAGGAGUACGUGGCUAUUCCAUGUUUAUCAUUAUCCAAGAACUUAUGCUCCGGACCUACGUCGAAAUCGAAGGUCGAGCGCCGCGACGCGAUCAGAUCCCGAAACCAUGUGAUCAUUUCGACUUAAUAGUUGGAACCGGCACGGGCGGCUUAAUCGCCUUGAUGCUAGGGCGUCUUCGAUUAGACCUGGAGCAGUGCAAAGAAUUAUACGUGCGAAUGACUAGGAUGGUAUUUGAGUCCGAUAAGACUAUUGUUGGUAUACCCUAUCGAUCAACACUAUUUAAGGCAUCUAUGCUCGAGCGCGCAAUCAAGGAGGCGGUAAGGGAACAUACUGUUUCCGACGACGAAGGGAACGAUGGGGCAUCAUCAAGCAUUUUCAGUCCAGUAUCUGCUGUGUCGCGGUCUAGCGCCGCUACGAGUAACUUUCCCCGACGACAUCAGAGCAAUGCCAGUACCGUCAGUUUCAGCGGUCGCAGUCCAGCGAGCCAAGCCCGCUCAAUAUUUCGUGGCGGAUGGGGAGAUCCCGACGCGCAGCUCUACGAUACUAGAGAGAAUAGAACAAAGACUGCUGUUACGGCUAUGUAUAAAGGAACCUCUAGGGGAGGUUCUGCUGCUCUUUUACGAUCUUAUGACUCGAGAAAAGAGCCUGCUCCUGAAUAUGAUUGUAAGAUUUGGGAGGCUGGCCGCGCAACAUGCGCGAUCGGAUUGGCAUUCAAGCCGGUCAAAAUUGGACAGACCGUAUUCCAUGACGAUGGAGCUGGGACGUUUAAUCCAUCGCCAUAUGCCCUUGACGAAGCUACAGUAAACGAAUGGCCGGGACGAGACGUGGGUGUGUUUGUCAGCAUAGGGACCGGAAAACGACCAAGAGGAACCGAUCAAAACUCACAUGUCUGGUAUGAAGGCUUCAUAGGUGAAUAUGCGGAAGCGAGGAAGAAGUUGAUACAAAAGGUGGAGGGCUGCGAAGCAAUCCAUGAACGUAUGAAGAAGGAACUUCUGAUGAAGAGGGGGGUCAACAUCGAAAACUACUACCGAUUUAACGUUGAGGUUGGCGUUGGCGAGUUUGCUAUGAACGAGUGGGAUCGACUAGGAGAAAUCAGCACGGGCACGAAAAGAUACUUAGGAAGAGAUACCGAACAGAGGAUGGUUCAAGAAUCCUCAACAAAAUUAGCCAAGAUUAACAGGGCAAAGCAGAGGUUUGAAAGGCUCAGCAGCAAUGUACCUGACAUCACAACCCAGCCGACCAUGGGUUCUCUUAAUGCUCCAUUGGCCGUAGAACUCCCCGGGGACUUCCCUACGUCAUUCCCAGCUCGGAAUAGUCCUCCAAGUCGGCAGUCGUACGAGUCCGGCAUAGACCGCCUUUCGCUUCCUGGAUCCGGAGCCGGUCCGGGUAGCACGCCGUCUUCUCGUGGUUCCGAUCGCGUUCGGCCACCUACCAGCCAAGCGUCCCCGCCUCAAACGGCCACACGCCCACAGCAAAAACCGCCCGCCUCUCCAAUUUUGUCUCCAGCAGUCAGGCCCCCUCCUGAUGAAGAGCCAGACCGUCUCGUAGUGACCGCACCCACCCCGGCACAGUACCGCAACGCAGCCGGCUCUGAUAAGAUUGCUAUCACGGGAACUGAUGAAUACCCACGAAGACCACAACGAGAUCCUGUCAUACAACCCAUGAUACAGCCAUAUCAACCACACCGUAUCGAGCCGCCUCCGCUACCUCCGAAGACACCGUUACCUGAGAAGCAGCUCGCAAGUGGUCGACGUCCUAAUGGAACUCCUCUCCCGCCUUAUCCUAUGGAUGAGGAGGGCCCUCCACCGGUAGUCAACAUGGCAAGAAAACCAGAAUACAGGGGUAGAUAAGCAAAAACAAUAACGAUAUUGAAUUAGCAUAGAAGCUACGUGGUUAGUCGUCGGGUCAAGUCUGUUCGGCAAAUCCAUUUACGGUCCGGCGUCUGUGGGAUAGGAUAUUUCACGUGGCACUGAUGAUUGAUGAUACCAUUCGCGCAUAAGGAGUUAUAUGAAUUUUCUUCACGGUGUAUGAUGAGGUUUAAUGUUGCGCAAAUGAGGAUUACGGAUACCCUUUCACGUUGG